UGUGUGGGCCUGGAAUGUGGGAUCCAGGCCUGGAGCCGGCCUGGUGGGCGGACGGGUGCGGGGUGGAGCGCGUGUGGAAUCCUGGUGUGGGUUGGACCGGCGCUGGCCGCGGGGCGGGCCCUCGGCUCCCGCGUCUGGGCAAUGGCACCUUCCUGUGUGCGCAAGUCGUGUGAGGUUCUAGUAAGAGCAGUGCUUGUGAAAGAUAAUAACAACAUAAGGGACCAGUUCUUUUGCGCAAGCGUCUGAGUUCAACCCUGAACACAGAUUAUCUCGUUGAUUCCUCGCAUCACCCUUGGGAAGUCUGAGUACCCUGAGAGUUCUAUUUUACAGAUGAGGAUCGAGGCUCCGGGAAAUUGUGCCUGGCCUGUCACACAGGGGAUAAAAUGUGUAACAAGACUUGAUUCCAGGUACCAGGAUUUCCAUGCAUUCGACCUUUCAGAAGCCACUCGGGUCCUUGAAUGGAUUGGUGACAAAGGAGUCUUUGUUGCUGGCUAUGAAAGCCAGAAAAAAAAUGAGAUUCUUCAUCUGAUAUUACCUCUCAGACUUUCUGUAAAAGAAAACCAGGGCUUAUUCCCAGAAAGAGAUUUUAAGGUACGCCAUGGAGGAUUUUCAGACAGGUCUGUCUUUGAUCUGAAGCACGUGCCAGACACCAGGUUGCUGGUGACCAGUGGCCUUCCAGGUUGUUACCUGCAGGUGUGGCAGGUCGCAGAGGACAGUGAUGUUAUCAAGGCUGUCGGCACCAUUGCUGUGCACGAGAAAGAGGGGCACCUCUGGCCUAGAGUGGCCAUCUUCUCGUCAGUGGCACCUGGAGUCCUCCAUGGGGCGAGGCUCAGCAGUCUGAAGGUUGUGGAUCUGGAAUCCCAGAAGACCACAUACACCUCAGGUGUCAGUGACAGUGACGAGCUAAGUAGCCUGCAGGUCCUGGAUGCAGACACCUUUGCCUUCUGCUGUGCCUCGGGCCGGUUGGGGCUCGUCGACACCCGCCAGAAGUGGGCUCCGUCAGAGAGUCUCAGCUCCUGCCCUGGGUCUGGUGGAGGGAGGUGGUGUGCAGAAGUUGGGGGCAGGGGCCAGGGCCAUGGAUGCAGCAUUGCCAGCCUCGGCUCAGAUGGGCAGCUCUGUCUUCUUGACCACCGAGAUCUCUCCCAUCCUGUAAGCUCAGUCCAGUGCCCAGUGUCCACGCCUAGCCCUGACCCAGAGCUGCUGCGAGUGACUUGGGCUCCAGGCUUGGACAACUGCCUGGCCAUUUCAGGUUUUGAUGGGACAGUCCAGGUCUACAAUGUCACGUCUUGGGAUGGAAUGGGGGGCCAAGUAGAACCUCUCUUCACUCACAGAGGUCAUGUCUUCCUAGAUGGCAAUGGGAUAGACACUGCUCCACUGGUCACUACCCAUACCUGGCACCCGCAAAAGCCAAGGACUUUGUUAUCGGCAGCAAGUGAUGCCUCUCUGCACGUGUGGGACUGGGUGGACCUCUGUGCCUCUGGCUGACACCAGUGUCUUUUUGCCCCGGCCUCUAGGAAGAGGAGGAGCUGCUGCAUAGCAAAGGUUCUGAUUUAGGACUCAAGUGACCACAGGUCCCUGUUACCAGCUGUACGGCCUUGGGCAAGUUAACCAGCUUCUCUUAGUCCCAGUUUCUUUAUUUGCAAAAUGAGACUAGUAAUACCUCGCAGGGUUGUUGGGAAAAUUAGAAGUAAUAUAUUAAAAAAUAACUGGUAGGAUGCAUGGCACAAUAAAUAUUUGGUAGGUCCUGUUAGAUCUGGGAACCUCAUUUCUCCUAAGUGUAAAAUAUUAGUGUUUUAUCCCUGUCUGUAAUCACAAUAUCAGUGAGAAUCGGAUGAGGUAACAAAUGUAAACAUGUUUUGUGAACUUUUUUACAGAACUGAAAAUGGAUAAGCGACAAUUAACAUGAAAAGUCAACCCUAGUAGCAAUGAAGGAAAUAGCAAUUAAAGCAAGAUUAUGCCAUUUUUGCCUACCAGAUUGCCAAAUUUUAAAACGUUAUUGCUUUGUACAGCUGACAGAGGUUGCAUGAUCCAUAGUUCAGAAGGUACAAAGGAGCACCGUGGUUCUCUCUCCCAGUUGUACAAUGUGCCAUUGUUCAGUUGAACCAUAGUUUAUGUAUCCAAUCACCUGUUAAAUGACAAUUAAAAUUUUCUAAUCUUUUGCUAUUACAAA